AUGGCGGAGGAUUUCGCUAGAGCGGUGGACGAUGGUCUUAAACUAGCCAAACGAAUUUACUUCGGACACGACCGAGCUGUCGCCGCGCCGAGGCUAACGGCGCCGAUGGAGAGAUCAUCCACAACGUCACAGGCUCACCUUCCUUCAUCACCGAUGGUUUACGCCGUUAUACCAGACCCGGGAAUCGUGGAUAACCCGGACUUACCUAGCUACCAGCCUCACGUGCACGGCAGGUGCGAUCCACCGGCUCUGAUCCCUCUCCAGAUGAACGGGGUUGAGCUCCACGUUGAUUGUUAUCUCGACACGGCUCUCGUUACCGUCACGGGCUCGUGGCGUGUUCACUGCGUUAUGGGAAGCAAGAGAUGUGAUUGCAGGAUCGCUAUUCCUAUAGGAGACCAGGGUUCGAUUCUUGGUGUUGAGGUUGAGAUUCCUAGAAAAUUUUACACAACACAACUGAUCACAGCUCAAGAUGGUAACGAGUUGGAGAAAACGGCACAGACUCAGAGUGGUGGUUUCUUGAAACCAAACAUAUUCAUUCUUACAGUUCCACAGGUUGAUGGAGGUACCAACCUCUCUAUCAAGAUGUCUUGGUCUCAGAAGCUAACAUAUAACGAUGGCCAAUUUUUUCUAGACAUUCCUUUCAACUUUCCUGAGUAUGUGACUCCUGCGGUUAAGAAAAUCUCCAAGAGAGAGAAGAUUUACUUGAGUGUAAACGCUGGUACUGGAACUGAAGUUCUAUGCAAAGGAUGCAGUCAUCCACUUAAGGAAAAAAUGAGGAACGCAGGGAAGUUAAGUUUUGCAUAUGAAGCAGAUGUUUUGAAGUGGUCUAACACAGAUUUUAGCUUCUCUUACACGGCCUCUUCAAGUAGUAUAGUUGGUGGACUUUUCCUUCAACCUGCGCCUGUUCAAGAUGUUGAUCAGAGAGAUAUUUUUUCUUUCUAUCUUUUCCCAGGGAAGCAGCAAAGAACUAAGGCAGUGAAGCGGGAGGUAGUGUUUGUUGUUGAUAUAAGUAAAAGCAUGGCUGGAAAAACUCUUGAGGAUGUUAAGAAUGCGAUAUCUACAGCUCUAUCUAAGCUUAAUCCUGAAGAUUCCUUCAAUAUUAUCACUUUCAGUGAUGAUACUUCUCUGUUUUCGACAUCAAUGGAGUUGGUUACUACAGAUGCUGUUGAAAGAGGUAUUGAGUGGAUGAACAAGAACUUUGUUAUUGCAGAUGGUACUAACAUGCUCCCUCCACUAGAGAAGGCAGUGGAAAUGCUUUCGAAUACUAGUGGCUCCAUUCCUAUGAUCUUCUUCUUAACAGAUGGGUCUGUUGAAGAUGAGAGAAAAAUUUGUGGUGUAAUGAAGAAACGUCUUCUAAAUGCUGGAUCAGUGUGUCCACGGAUACACACUUUUGGGCUAGGUGUGUUCUGUAAUCACUACUUCCUGCAAAUGCUUGCUAAUCUAUCCAGGGGACAGCAUGAAUCAGUUUAUAAUACAGAUCACAUUGAGGAACGGUUAGACAAGUUAUUUACAAGGGCUUUAUCCACUGUUCUUUUGAAUAUAACAAUCGAGCCCCUACAGAAUCUUGAUGAAGUUGAGGCGUACCCUUCAAAUAUUCCGGAUCUGACUUCCUCAAGUCCAUUGAUGAUAUAUGGGAGAUACAGAGGAAAGUUCCCUGAGAAUGUGAAAGCCAAUGGUCUGUUAGGAGAUUUGAGCAGCUUUUCUGUAGACUUAAUUGUACAAAAUGCAAAAGACAUGCCUCUUGAUAAAGUGUUUGCAAAAAAUGUGAUUGACUUGCUUACUGCUGAGGCAUGGUUCUCUGAAGACAACCAGUUAAUAGAGAAGAUUACUAAACUAAGUAUCCAAACCGGUGUACCAUCUGAGUAUACUCGAAUGAUCCAGUUGGAGAACACAGAAGAAGCAUCUAAACCCAUCAACACUGGUGGAAAGAAAAAGGCUGAAACCAACGGCGAGAAACAGAAGGUGGUAUCAAGAAAGAUCCCACUACAAAACUUUGGGAUAGGCUUUGGUGAUACAACAGCUACCAGAGAGAAUGUUCCACCAGGAUUUGGAGAGCAGAGAGCCCCUGAUGCUGCUGAGAAGUUCGUGAAGGCUGCCUCGAGCUGCUGUGUCUCCUUGUGCAACAAAUGUUGCUGCAUGUGUUGUGUCCAAUGCUGCACUAAGCUCAAUGAUCAAUGUGUCAUUGUCUUCACACAGCUCUUCACAGCCAUUGCUUGCAUUGCCUGCUUUGAGUGUUGCACACAUGUCUGUUGUGCCUGUGGUGGAGACGACUAG